AUGACCUAUGAUUCAGCUGAAACUCCGGUCUAAUUAUCUGUACUUGAUGAUACAACUUCAUCAAAUAUAUUUGCAUUAACACCAAAAACAACAACAUCAAUUAGGUUGAAUACUAAAUUUCAAUCAAUUAGAUCCAUUUACGAAUCAAUCGAAGAAAUACUUCAAGCAUUAGAUAUGAUAACUGAUGAUCAUAUUAAUUUUGAUCAAGAAUAUCGACGACAAGCUAAUUCAAUUAGUACUAGUAUAAAAGCAUUCAAUCUCUUCACAUAUCUAAUCUUUAUGAAAAAUUUAAUGUCCAUGACCAAUAGCAUCACAACAAAAUUUCAAGCUGAAAAAUUAGAUUUGAUAACAGCUGGUGAAUUAUUAACUCAAGCAACAAAACUUUUGGAAACUGAACGUUCUAAUGAGAUUAACUUGAAAAACAAUCAUAAUUAG